CAGCCCCUGAAGCCGACCCCGAGGCUAAGAGGGACUGACCGGGGCCCAGAGUGGACAAACCGCCAGCAUGGGGAGAGACCAGCGCGCGGUGGCCGGCCCUGCCCUACGGCGGUGGCUGCUGCUGGGGACAGUGACCGUGGGGUUCCUUGCCCAGGGCGUCUUGGCGGGUGUGAAGAAGUUUGAUGUGCCGUGCGGAGGAAGAGAUUGCAGCGGGGGCUGCCAGUGCUACCCUGAGAAAGGUGGACGUGGUCAGCCUGGGCCAGUGGGCCCCCAGGGGUACAACGGGCCACCAGGAUUACAAGGAUUCCCAGGACUGCAGGGACGCAAAGGAGACAAGGGUGAAAGGGGAGCCCCCGGAAUAACAGGACCCAAGGGUGACGUGGGAGCAAGAGGCGUUUCUGGAUUCCCUGGUGCCGAUGGAAUUCCUGGACACCCGGGGCAAGGUGGGCCCAGGGGAAGGCCCGGCUAUGAUGGCUGCAACGGAACCCAGGGAGACUCAGGUCCACAGGGGCCCCCCGGCUCUGAGGGGUUCACCGGGCCUCCCGGGCCCCAAGGACCAAAAGGGCAGAAAGGUGAGCCUUAUGCACUGCCUAGAGAGGAACGCGACAGAUAUCGGGGCGAACCUGGGGAGCCUGGAUUGGUCGGUUUCCAGGGACCUCCUGGCCGCCCUGGGCCUGUGGGGCAGAUGGGUCCAGUUGGAGCUCCAGGGAGACCAGGACCACCCGGACCCCCUGGACCAAAAGGACAGCAAGGCAACAGAGGACUUGGUUUCUACGGAGUUAAGGGUGAAAAGGGUGACGUAGGGCAGCCGGGACCCAAUGGGAUUCCAUCGGACACCCUCCACCCCAUCAUCGCGCCCACGGGAGUCACCUUCCACCCAGAUCAGUACAAGGGUGAAAAAGGCAGUGAGGGGGAACCAGGAAUAAGAGGCAUUUCCUUGAAGGGAGAAGAAGGAAUCAUGGGCUUUCCUGGACCGAGGGGUUCCCCUGGCUUGAGUGGUGAAAAAGGAUCACCAGGACAGAAGGGAAGCCGAGGCCUGGAUGGCUACCAAGGCCCUGAUGGGCCCCGGGGACCCAAGGGAGAAGCCGGAGACAUAGGGCCCCCCGGACUACCUGCCUACUCCCCUCACCCUUCCCUAGCAAAAGGUGCCAGAGGUGACCCGGGAUUCCCAGGGGCCCAAGGGGCGCCAGGAAGCCAGGGUGAGCCAGGAGACCCGGGCCCCCAAGGACCCCCUGGCCUCUCCAUCGGAGAUGAAGAUCAGAGGAGAGGCCUGCCGGGUGAGAUGGGACCCAAGGGCUUCAUCGGAGACCCCGGCAUCCCUGCGCUCUUCCCGGGCCCACCUGGACCUGAUGGAAAGCCAGGGCCUCCAGGCCCCCCCGGGCUCCCUGGACCACCUGGACCUGAUGGCUUCCUGUUUGGGCUGAAAGGACCAGAAGGAAGACCAGGCUUCCCUGGGCUUUCCGGCUCCCCCGGAGCCCGCGGACCGAAGGGAUGGAAAGGUGACGCUGGGGACUGCAGAUGUGCAGAAGGCGACGAAGCUGUCACAGGUCUUCCGGGACUGCCAGGACCCAAGGGCUUCGCAGGCAUCAACGGGGAGCCGGGGAGGAAAGGGGACAAAGGAGACCCCGGCCAACACGGCCUCCCUGGGUUCCCAGGGCUCAAGGGAGUCCCUGGCAACGUUGGUGCUCCUGGGCCCAAAGGAGCAAAAGGAGAUUCCAGAACAAUCACGACCAAAGGUGAGCGGGGACAGCCCGGCGUCCCAGGUGUGCCCGGGAUAAAAGGUGAUGAUGGCAGCCCAGGCCGUGAUGGGCUCGACGGAUUCCCCGGCCUCCCAGGCCCUCCUGGCGAUGGCAUCAAGGGCCCUCCCGGGGACGCGGGUUAUCCAGGAAUACCUGGAACGAAAGGUACCCCGGGAGAAAUGGGUCCCCCAGGACUGGGCCUUCCCGGCUUCAAAGGCCAGCGUGGUUUCCCUGGAGACGCCGGCUUACCUGGACCACCAGGCUUCCCGGGCCCUCCUGGCCCCUCAGGGACCCCAGGACAAAUAGAUUGUGACACAGAUGUGAAAAGGCCCAUUGGAGGUGACAGACAGGAGGCCGUCCAGCCAGGUUGCAUAGGAGGGCCCAAGGGAUUGCCAGGCCUGCCAGGACCCCCAGGACCCUCAGGUGCCAAAGGCCUCCGAGGAAUCCCAGGCUUCUCAGGAGCUGAUGGAGGACCAGGGCCCAAGGGUUUGCCAGGAGACCCAGGUCAUGAAGGGUUCCCAGGACCCCCAGGGUUCAUAGGACCCCGAGGAUCCAAAGGUGCAGUGGGCCUCCCUGGCCCAGAUGGACCCCCAGGUCCCAUCGGCCUGCCAGGGCCAGACGGGCCCCCUGGGGACAGGGGCCUUCCUGGAGAAGUCCUGGGAGCCCAGCCCGGGCCACGGGGAGAUGCUGGUGUGCCUGGACAGCCUGGGUUUAAAGGCCUUCCCGGAGACAGAGGCACCCCUGGAUUCAGAGGAAGUCAAGGGAUGCCUGGGAUGCCAGGGCUGAAGGGCCAGCCGGGCCUCCCGGGACCUUCCGGCCAGCCAGGCCUGUCCGGGCCUCCAGGACAGCACGGAUUCCCAGGAGCUCCUGGCCAAGAGGGGCCCUUGGGGCUGCCAGGAAUCCCAGGUCUUGAAGGUCUGCCUGGAGAUAGAGGGGACCCUGGGGACAUAGGCGCUCCUGGCCCUGUGGGCAUGAAAGGGGUCUCUGGUGACAGAGGAGAUGCUGGCUUGGCAGGGGAGCGAGGCCAUCCAGGAAGCCCUGGAUUUAAAGGAAUUGAUGGAAUGCCUGGGACCCCCGGGCUGAAAGGAGAGAGAGGCUCACCUGGGAUGGAUGGUUUCCAAGGCAUGCCUGGACUCAAAGGGAGACCCGGGUUUCCAGGGAGCAAAGGCGAGGCUGGAUUUUUCGGAAUACCUGGUCUGAAGGGUCUGGCUGGUGAGCCAGGUUUUAAAGGCAGCCGAGGGGACCCUGGGCCCCCAGGACCACCUCCCAUCAUCCUGCCCGGAAUGAAAGACAUUAAAGGAGAGAAAGGAGACGAAGGGCCUAUGGGACUGAAAGGGUACCUGGGCGCCAAAGGUAUCCAAGGAAUGCCAGGCAUCCCAGGACUGUCAGGAAUCCCUGGGCUGCCUGGGAGGCCCGGCCACAUCAAAGGAGUCAAGGGAGACAUCGGAGCCCCGGGCAUCCCUGGUUUGCCAGGAUUCCCUGGGGUGGCUGGCCCCCCUGGAAUUACAGGGUUCCCAGGAUUCAUAGGAAGCCGGGGUGACAAAGGCGCCCCCGGGAGAGCAGGCCUGUAUGGCGAGAUCGGCCCAACCGGUGAUUUCGGUGACAUCGGGGACACUAUAAAUUUACCAGGAAGACCAGGCCUGAAGGGGGAGCAGGGCACCGCUGGAAUCCCAGGUCUGAAGGGAUUCUUUGGAGAGAAGGGAACAGAAGGUGACAUCGGCUUCCCUGGGAUAACAGGCGUGACUGGAGUCCAAGGCCCUCCUGGGCUUAAAGGACAAACAGGCUUUCCAGGGCUAACUGGGCCUCCAGGGUCGCAGGGAGAGCCGGGGCGGAUCGGACUGCCUGGUGGCAAAGGAGAUGAUGGCUGGCCGGGAACUUCAGGCUUACCAGGUUUUCCGGGACUCCGUGGGAUCCGCGGCUUACACGGCUUGCCAGGCACCAAAGGCUUUCCAGGAUCCCCAGGUGCCGACAUCCACGGAGACCCAGGCUUCCCAGGCCCUCCUGGGGACAGAGGCGACCCAGGAGACGCCAACACCCUUCCAGGCCCUGUGGGAGUCCCAGGACAGAAAGGACAGCAAGGAGCACCAGGUGAGGCCACACAUUCCAAAGCCAACAUUGCUGUCCCCAUAAGCAGAACCCACCCAGAGGUGGGGCCAUGGAGUGUCUGGGCCUUGGGGUCCUGUUUAAACCCUCCUUUCUUGUCCCUAAUGCCAACAGGUUAUCGGGGCCCGCCAGGGCCACCCGGGUCUGCUGCUCUUCCUGGAAGCAAAGGUGACGCAGGGAACCCAGGAGCUCCGGGAACCCCAGGGACCAAAGGAUGGGCCGGGGACUCCGGGCCCCAGGGCAGGCCUGGUGUGUUCGGUCUCCCGGGAGAAAAAGGGCCCAGGGGUGAACAAGGCUUUAUGGGGAACACUGGACCCGCCGGCGCAGUGGGCGACAGAGGCCCCAAGGGACCCAAGGGAGACCCAGGAUUCCCUGGUGCCCCCGGGAUUGUGGGAGCCCCCGGGAUUGCAGGAAUCCCCCAGAAGAUUGCCAUCCCACCAGGGACAGUGGGUCCGCAGGGGAGGCGAGGCCCCCCUGGGGCACCAGGGGAGAUGGGGCCCCAGGGCCCCCCCGGAGAACCAGGUUUCCGUGGGGCUCCAGGGAAAGCCGGGCCCCAAGGAAGAGGUGGCGUGUCUGCUGUUCCCGGGUUCCGGGGAGAUGAAGGACCCGUAGGCCACCAGGGGCCGAUUGGCCAAGAAGGUGCACCAGGCCGUCCAGGGAGCCCGGGCCUGCCGGGUAUGCCAGGCCGCAGCGUCAGCAUCGGCUACCUCCUGGUAAAGCACAGCCAGACGGACCAGGAGCCCAUGUGCCCGGUGGGCAUGAACAAGCUCUGGAGUGGGUACAGCCUGCUGUACUUUGAGGGCCAGGAGAAGGCACACAACCAGGACCUGGGGCUGGCGGGCUCCUGCCUGGCGCGGUUCAGCACCAUGCCCUUCCUGUACUGCAACCCUGGUGAUGUCUGCUACUAUGCCAGCCGGAACGACAAGUCCUACUGGCUGUCCACCACGGCUCCGCUGCCCAUGAUGCCUGUGGCCGAGGAUGAGAUCAAGCCCUACAUCAGCCGCUGCUCUGUGUGUGAGGCCCCAGCCGUCGCCAUCGCCGUCCACAGUCAGGAUGUCUCCAUUCCACACUGCCCAGCGGGGUGGCGGAGCUUGUGGAUCGGAUAUUCCUUCCUCAUGCACACGGCGGCGGGAGACGAAGGCGGCGGCCAGUCGCUGGUGUCACCGGGCAGCUGUCUGGAGGACUUCCGCGCCACGCCAUUCAUCGAGUGCAAUGGAGGCCGCGGCACCUGCCACUACUACGCCAAUAAGUACAGCUUCUGGCUGACCACCAUUCCCGAGCAGAGCUUCCAGGGCUCGCCCUCCGCUGACACGCUCAAGGCCGGCCUCAUCCGCACACACAUCAGCCGCUGCCAGGUGUGCAUGAAGAACCUGUGAGCCGGCGCGUGCCAGGAAGGGCCAUUUUGGUGCUUAUUCUUAACUUAUUACCUCAGGUGCCAACCCAAAAAUUGGUUUUAUUUUUUCUUAAAAAAAAAAAAAAAAGUCUACCAAAGGAAUUUGCAUCCAGCAGCGGCACUUAGACCUGCCAGCCACUGUCAUCGAGCGGGUGCAAGCAGUCGGGACCCCUGCAGGGCAAGCCCUGCCCAUAGAAAGCCAGGAGCAACCCUGGCCCCGUUACCCCUGCUAGAUGUACCGCCUGGAGGCACAGCUAACCACUUCGCACGCACCCAUGUAACCACUGCACUUUCAAACGCCACAGACAACUCACAUUGUUCAACUCACUUCUCGGGGUGGGACAGACGAGACAACAGCACACAGGCAGCCAGCCGUGGCCAGAGGCUCGAGGGGCUCAGGGGCUCAGGCACCCGUCCCCACAUGAGGGCCCUGUGGGUGGGCCUGGCCCUGCUUUCUACACCAAUGUUAUGCCAGCUCUGUGUUCUCCCAAAUACCGUUGAUGUGAAUUAUCUUCAAGGCAAAACUGUGCUCUUUAUUGUAAAAAACACUGAUAAUCACACAGCGGUCGGUCAUUCUUUUGCCACAUCCCUAUAGACCAUUGGGUUUGGCCAAACUCAGGCGGAAGUGGAGACCUUUCUAGGCGUCAUUGUCAGCCCUGCUACUUGAAGGUACACCCCAUAGGGUCGGAGGUGCUGUCCCCACUGCCCCACGUUGUCCCUGAGAUCUAACCCUUCCACUGCUGGGGGUGAGCUGUGCUCUUCUGACUACCCCCUCCUGUGUAACGACUACAAAAUAAAACUAGUUUUGAAUAUUUUUAAA